GAGUCUCGAACAUCCCAAUACGACAUCGGAUUAUACUCAAAAUUAGAGAUUUUUACACAUUCGUCUCUUUGCAAACCAUAAACCCUAAAUUAGACGCCAUUUGCAUUUCUAUUUUAUAGUUUAUAUCAUCCAUUUUGCUGAAUCUCAAUCAGAAAAUCUUAAUCGAAAUGGCGUAUGCUUCUGCUUUCCGUCGUGUUCUGAGCGGAUCUUCCACUCCUUCGCCGAUUUUUCGCUCACAAUUCGCUUGGAUUCGCCACAAUUCUACCCUUCCUACGCUCACCAGUCCUAAGCUUUUCAUUAGCGGUAUAUCAAAAAAUACAACCGAUGAAAGUCUUUUCAACGCAUUUGCACCGUAUGGAAGGCUUCUUGACGCAAAAGUGAUCAUGGAUCGAAUGUCUGGAAAACCAAAGGGGUUUGGUUUUAUUACUUAUGAAACAGUAGAAGAAGCUGAGAAAGCACGGGAAGAAAUGAAUGCCAAGUACCUGGACGGUUGGGUAAUUUUUGUUGAUCCAGCAAGGCCUAGGGAGCCUCCUCCUCCACCUCGACAACCUCCUCAACAAGACCUACAUCUCAAUCCAAAGCCUACUGAAAGUCUCUUUGCGCCUAACAGGACUUUAGGAUGGUCUGGUUGAUGCUCUUGGAAGAUAUUGGGCCAUUUUUGGUACAUACAUCAAUGUCGUAACUGCAACAGUCAAGCAUUAUUACUACUACUACUGUCUCUGUUAGGAGCAUUUGAACUACUGUUGUGCCAUGGAUAGUAUUAUCUUGAACACUUGUAUCGAUUUUCACUUUGCUUUGCAAUUGACUGCAUUAAGUUAUUGUCGUAGAUUUCAAGUAAUUUAUGUUAUACCUGGGAUAAGUGGUUUAGAAAAAUGGCUGGAAUAACUGCUAUUGGAAUUUUCGAUUUUCUAUUCAUUCACAAUCUAGCCUGGUCAAUCCAGUUAUGAUA